GCCAGAUGUUAGGGGCCAAAAAGAAAAUAGUGCAAAAUUAUGGGGUAAAUCUCUAAAUUCCCAAUUAAAAUAAACUGGCAGCAGUUUCAGAGCAUACUGGAGAAGCUGCGAUGGAAGGAGAUAGCACUUCAACGCGGCAGCUCCGAUCGGAAACCGCCGUGAUUGAGGAAUGGAACGGCAUCGAUUCGUCAAAGCUUACGAAGACCGCCACCAUCACCGUCGCCGGAGACUCCGUUCAGAAAUCCUCUCGCCGUUUCAAUCAUCUUUCUAGGAGAAUCCUCGACGCCUUUGUUCCCGAGGGAUUUCCGAGCAGUGUGACUCCUGAUUAUGUUCCGUUUCAAGUAUGGGACUCGUUGCAGGGCCUUUCGACUUACAUCAGAACAAUGCUUUCGACCCAGGCUCUUCUAAGUGCUAUUGGGGUUGGUGAGAAGUCUGCUACAGUAAUCGGAGCCACAUUUCUGUGGUUUCUAAGAGAUUUAACAGGAAUGCUUGGAGGUAUCUUAUUUACAUUUUACCAGGGGGCAAACCUAGAUAGCAAUGCCAAGAUGUGGCGUCUUGUUGCAGAUCUCAUGAAUGACCUCGGGAUGUUGAUGGACCUCGUUUCCCCAGUAUUUCCAUCAGCAUUUGUCUUCAUCGUAUGCUUAGGAAGCAUAUCACGAUCAUUCACUGGGGUUGCCAGUGGUGCUACGAGAGCCGCAUUAACACAGCAUUUUGCACUUCAGAACAAUGCAGCUGAUAUAUCAGCUAAGGAAGGCAGCCAAGAGACGAUUGCAACAAUGACUGGCAUGGCUUUAGGAAUGUUCCUCGCUCACAUUACUACGGGACACGCAACGGCCAUUUGGUUUUGUUUUCUGUCCCUUACCGUCUUUCAUAUGUAUGCAAAUUACAAGGCCGUCCGUUGCCUUUCACUGGCUACGUUAAAUUGCGAAAGAAGCUCGAUUCUUUUGUCGCAUUUCAUGGAAACUGGUCAAGUUCUUUCUCCAAAACAGGUCUCGGUAAUGGAGCAUGUUUUACCCGUGUGGACGACUUCGUGGACAGCGAAUACGGUUAAAUGUUUGUACCAACGGGUGCAAUUAGGUGUCAGGAUUUCUUCACUCAACAGUGAUCAAGUGGUGGACCUCUCACAUCUUGCCAGCUCUUAUUACAAAAAAGGAAAGUACAUGCUACUUGCAAGAAAGAGUACAAUCAGUGUCGUUAUGCAUAAAGAUUCAGCAGCAGCAGAUAUCUUACAGGCUUUCGUGCAUGCUCUUGUCUUGGCAAAACUUGACGACAAAGAAAGAUCUAUGCAUUUCGAGAGCCAAUCAUGGAUGGCUAAAUACUACGAAUUAUUUAUUCUUAAGCUUACGUCACUGGGCUGGAAAACCGAACGUCUACUGUCGCCUUCAGUUGCAUGGAAGGCAAACUGGUUUAUAAGUUCCUCAGACGAAAAAGUUGACUAGGUAGGAGCUUCAGGCAUUGCAUAGAGCCGGUUACCGUUUCCGUCUUUCCGAUAUCUCAUUAGCAAUACUUUGAAUCAUCGCUUUUUAGAGUAACUUUAUAUUUUCGUAAAACCAAGAAAUUUUGAGAUUGUGAGUAAUCAAAUGAUUUUUACAGCCCAACAAUUUUCUCGAUUUCAAGCGUUGAAGAAGUUAA